CCCUGUGGACGUUAUGGCUGGAUUUGGGGAGCUUCUGAGUCCAACCUAACACCCCAGUUUUCUCGCCUGAAAUACCAUGGACGUUCUUCUCGGAGCCUCUUCGCUGUCCUCCUCCUCGGAUCCAAAGAGGGUCACCAGCCCCUCGCGUUGGUUGUGAUCUGUGGUCAGCAUGUCUUCGGCUCAUUUUAACCGAGGUCCGGCAUAUGGUCUGUCUGCUGAGGUCAAGAACAAGCUGGCCCAGAAGUACGACCACCAGCGGGAGCAGGAGCUGAGAGAGUGGAUCGAGGGGGUGACGGGUCGCCGCAUUGGCAACAACUUCAUGGACGGCCUCAAAGAUGGGAUCAUCCUUUGCGAAUUCAUCAACAAACUCCAGCCGGGAUCUGUGAAAAAAGUGAAUGAGUCAACACAAAAUUGGCAUCAGCUGGAGAACAUUGGUAACUUCAUCAAAGCCAUUACUAAGUAUGGCCUGAAGCCCCAUGACAUCUUUGAGGCCAAUGACCUGUUUGAGAACACCAACCACACACAGGUGCAGUCUACUCUCCUAGCUCUGGCUAGCAUGGCCAAGACAAAAGGAAACAAGGUCAACGUGGGGGUCAAGUAUGCAGAGAAGCAAGAGCGGAAAUUUGAGCCAGAGAAGCUGAGAGAAGGUCGGAACAUCAUUGGGUUGCAGAUGGGCACCAACAAGUUUGCCAGUCAGCAGGGCAUGACUGCCUAUGGCACACGGCGUCACCUCUACGACCCCAAACUUGGCACUGAUCAGCCCCUGGACCAGGCCACCAUCAGCCUGCAGAUGGGGACCAACAAGGGUGCCAGCCAGGCUGGCAUGACAGCACCAGGUACCAAGCGGCAGAUCUUUGAGCCAGGACUGGGCAUGGAGCACUGUGACACACUCAAUGUCAGUUUGCAGAUGGGGAGCAACAAGGGGGCCUCGCAGAGGGGCAUGACGGUGUACGGGCUACCCCGUCAGGUGUACGACCCCAAGUACUGCCUGACACCUGAGUACCCCGAGCUGGGUGAGCCCACCCAUAACCACCACCCACACAACUACUACAACUCUGCCUAGGGGCUCCCAGGGGGGCUGGCUGCUGCUCUUGGCUGGACCCAGCUGGACCCAGCCAACCCUAUCCCCUGCAUGGCAUGCCCCCAGCCCCCUGGCACCUGCCUAUAGUGUUUCAGUUUGGGGAGAGCAGACUGAGAGGGGAGCCCUGUAGGGAGAAAGGGACCCCUCAUCCCUGUAGCUCUGCAGGCCCCAACCCAGAACUGGGUGUCCCCAACAGCACCCAAAGGACGCACUGAGUAAAGCUAUUCCAGCUGCCCCCCUUUACUCCCUCACGAGUGGGUAACCCCAGAAUCAGAAACCCCCCAAGCGAAGCCCCCAGAACUCAGACUCAGCCUGACCCCACCCCAUUCCCGCAGUGGGAGCAAAAUGCAUGCCUGGAAUCGCAGCAACAUAAGUGGUUUGGUUUUGCAGCGACUGGUGAAUGCGAUGUGACAGCGGUGUUUGUAAUGCGAGCACUUUCUUUUUCUAUUUCACUGGAGCACAAUAAAAGGCUGUGACAUCA